AUGACUCGCUGCCACCUUACAUACACAACCGGGGAGGAGUACUCACGCCUACGGCUCCACAUCCGGUUCCGGAGGCGCAUACAGCGGCACCUGGUCGACACUUUCGUCCCCACAGCGUUCCUGGUGAUUCUGUCCUGGCUGUCGUUCUGGCUCGGGACCAGCGCAACUCAGCCGCGCGUCCUGCUCUGCUCUGUCGUUCUAGUGGCAGUAUUGCAGCAUCUGACGGCCGCCAGGGAAGGCCUGCCGCCGUCUCCCACAUGGACGGGCCUUGACAUAUGGACUAUUCUGUGCCUCGGAUUCGUGUCCUCCUCCAUAGUGGAAGUCACCUUUGUCUGCUACUGUAGUGAUACCGCAGCCGACGGCGGUAAUCCUGCGAAUCCAAAUACAGGGGCUCAGCUUCGUGUCGGGCUUUUCAAGGAGACAGCUGUUGGCAUUUCGAGAAGGUCGCAAGAACGAGAAGCCAAAAGCCGCUUGACUCGCAUGGAACAUGACGCUGGCGGAAACCAAAUGACCCUGUUAGGACCAGCUGAGCGCGCCGACAAGUUCUGUAGAACUGCCUUCCCUGUGGCCUUCGCCGUCUCAAACGUCGUCUUCUGGUCCUGGUUGUACUUCAGUCAAGAGAAAUAGUUUCAUCUUCAAGCACAGAUGCACCAAAUGGAAAUCUGGAAAAGCCUGGCACAGCUCCAAUGAUCACUUUCGCUUGAAUGCACAAAGAGGAAAAGAAGGAACAUAACUGAGGUUCUAACAAGAUACUGCUGCAUGAAGGCAAAGUGUUGCUUUUACUGUCGUCGACAAUGAUAAUCCUACUUCUCAGGUGUUUUUGCUCUCUUUUUUGUCAACUAGGCGACGGUAGCGAUUUACCGCUGAUCUACUGACUUUUCUCGGGCCCCUUUAGGAGGGAAUAUUUUAUUAAUGACAUUUAUUGUACCUUCUGAAGUUCACAGAAAAACGCUAACAUAUAAUGACUCGUGUGGUAAUGAGACGGUUGUGACCCCGUUAGGCUACCUUACCUUGACACAGCGAGAGUGGACCUUGGCUCCCAAGGUUCUUUUUUCUACUGCAGUUGAAGGAGCCGUCGAUGUCGUUAGAAUGACGCCGGCAAGGCAUUAGAAAAGUGACUCCAAAUAUAUACGUUUAUUAUACACGUUCAUGUUAGUACCACGCUAACAAACUUGGAAGAUAUCUUCAACACUCAAAACAUCUGAUUAUAUGAGUUCCUGCCGCCUUUAAAGUGGAGAAUGAUCAAGAUUUCGAGUGUACCAAGGUGGAAGCAAAUGCGUGGUUUCUGCUUAUUGCUUAUAUAUUUUCACAAACUAAACCUCGAUGCCAACUCUCAGGUCGGAUCCGUAAAUUAGAAAUGUGGCAGGCAACACUCAUGGCCCGAGGGCAACACCUGCGCGCUUUUGUGAGCUACAGGUCACAAAAGCAAGACGGGAAAACAACGCAAGUUAUGACGGCCUUAUAACUUUUACCUUGAAAUAUCGACUUGAAAAAAAGUUAUUUCGACCUCUUCGCACACCCCAUCACCCACAACAAUCUCACAUGACUUUCCUGCAGUUUUUAUCAGCUUCACCUCUGUUCAGCCACCAUUAAGGUGAAUUGGUGGCAUAGAUUGGGAUCCAGCUGGUUACAAAUUCAAAACAAUGAUUACCGUUGCUAUUUCCUCAUUGGAUAGUAGUUGUGCUUUACCCUGUCUGAUGCAGAGCAUGCUAUAUGCCAUAAUUUUGACGCCAACGUAGAGGUGUCAUUCUUUUAUGUUGGCAAUCGAUUUCUAGAGUUCUCGCCGACGUAAAACUUGUUGCAGGUUCAAUGCGUUUACCAUGGUCGGCACUUGACCAUUGCUAAGAUGUCUGACGUACUGCUUGUACUAUUUGAUGUUUGUGCUGCCCGCUUAUACAAGAACAUGUGAUAAUCGCAACGCUUCAUUAGAGCAUCUUACCGAGUGGCCACAACAAGACCAAAAAGGGGAGAGCAGGCGCUAAUCUAGGAACCAUUGUCAACUACGUCGUCGGUCAGGGACGGAAUAGUUUGGGUCGUGUUGUAAUGCUCAUAAGCGGAGGUGGGCUACGAGCGCUGUUUGCGAUUUUUUACUAGGCAGUAGUUUGUUAGAUUGUCUACUUGACCUGUUUUGCUUCGCCGUUACAUUUUGUUUACAUUACGUAUCUUCACGUCGGGCAUGUUGUAUGGUUUUCUGCCUUUUUUGUGUGAUAGUGGUUACCCUGCUUGACUCUCCAUAUCUACAAUCUGUUCUAGCGUCUCCUGAUAUUUUAAAUUUUUUUACUGUGGCCACUAUCUAAAUAACAAAUUGCUAUUUGGGUGCUUGCAACCGUGUUGCACACUGACACCUGUGUGCUCGUGUUACCCUUCACAGCGUGCAACAUUUUCCUCUUUCUUUUUUGCUGGUGCUCUAUUGCUUUAAUACCGAUGAAGCUUGGGUAGAUGUAUCCAAAUCUGCUCAUUUUUUUAUUUUAGAAUGUUUGGCCAUGCCUUGGACACGUGUGCUGUUCAUCGACAUGCACUGUUCAUUGCUGUCUCGUUUGUUUCCACUCGUGCGG